GGGGUGAGGUAGCGCGGAGCUCGCGCCAUGGCCCUGCCGGAGUGGCACAUCGCCGUGAAGCUGGCCGAGCAGCCGCUGGCCCCCAAAUCCAUCCUGCGCCUGCCGGAGACCGAGCUGGGCGAGUGCCCGCUGGGCGGCUGCAGCAUCUCGCACCUCAAGCAGCUGAUCACGGGCAAGCUGCAGGAAUCCAUGCCGGACCCCGAGCUCAUCGACCUGAUCUACUGUGGCCGGAAGCUGAGGGAUGACCAGACCCUGGAUUUUUAUGGAAUCCAGUCUGGCUCCACUGUCCAUGUCCUGCGCAAGUCCUGGCCUGAGCCUGACCAGAAACCAGAGCCCGUGGAUAAGGUGGCAGCAGUCCGGGAAUUCCGUGUCCUGCACACUGCCCUGCACAGCAGCCCUGCCUACAGAGAUGCUGUCUUCAAGAUGCUGGGAAACAAGGAAUCCCUGGAUCAGAUCAUUGUGGCUACUCCUGGCCUCAGCAGCGACCCCGUGGCUCUGGGAGUUCUGCAGGACAAGGAUCUGUUUUCUGUGUUUGCAGACCCCAACAUGCUGGACACGCUGAUCCCCGCUCACCCUGCCCUGGUGAACGCCAUCGUGCUGGUGCUGCACUCGGUGGCGGGCAGCACCCCCCUGCCAGCCCCGGACACGUCCUCGCGGGCCAUGGCCCUGAGCUCCUACCGGGACAUGCCAGGUGGCUUUCUCUUUGAGGGGCUCUCUGAUGAUGAAGAUGAUUUCCACCAGAGCACGAGGUCCACCCCUUCCAGCAGCACGUCCGGCUCGCGCCCGGCCUCGCUGGGCUACGCGGGGGCGGCGGGGCCCCGGCCCAUCACCCAGAGCGAGCUGGCCACGGCCCUGGCACUGGCCAGCACCCCCGAGAGCAGCUCCCACACACCCACCCCGGGCACACAGGGCCACUCUUCCGGGACGUCCCCGAUGUCAUCCAGUGUCCAGUCGGGGACACCCAUCACCAACGACCUGUUCAGCCAGGCCCUGCAGCACGCCCUGCAGGCCUCGGGGCAGCCCAGCCUCCAGAGCCAGUGGCAGCCCCAGCUGCAGCAGCUGCGAGACAUGGGAAUCCACGACGACGAGCUGAGCCUGCGGGCCCUGCAGGCCACAGGAGGGGACAUCCAGGCUGCCCUGGAGCUCAUCUUUGCUGGGGGGGCCCCCUAAACCUUCUGCUGGACUGUGCUGCCCUGGCGUGCAGAGGAGCACAGCACACAGGGAAGGAAGGCUGAGGAACUGCAGAGCACUCUGACCUGCUGGAACCUCACAGGGAUGUGGAGCUGACAUGGAGCUCUCACGGUGGGAGUGUGGUGAGCAGAGCCACCCAUUCCUGUUCUUUCUGUUGGUCUAACCUUGUUUAACUGGGUGAGACUCCACACUGGAUUUUGUUAACUCUUUGCCUCUUUGGCACCCCUGCCUCGUUUCCUGCCCCACCAGUGAGUUCCCUCUUGUGGGAAAUGAAUUUGUAGAAAAUUCUCCCAAGUUUGAUAGAAAUUUGAGAUUUGUUCACAUGCAAAUAGUAUGUUUACAUGAUAUGUAGGUUUAAAUAAUAUGUAAACAAAAUUAGUAGGUUUACAUAGUAUUUGUAUGUAAACAAAUACCAAACUUCUACCAAACUUGGGGAAUUUUCUACAAAUUCAUUUCCCACGCCCUCUGGGGAUGUGACACCUUCAGGUGAUGCUCCACGGGGGGGUUUGGUGACAAGGGUGGGCUGUGGCCAGUCCUCAGGCAGGACCUGUGGCCAGUAAAUCUCGUUGUGACACUGGCCUGGCCUGCCAGUCCUCAGGCAGGACCUGUGGCCAGUAAAUCAUGUUGUGACACUGGCCUGGCCUGCCAGUCCUCAGGCAGGACCUGUGACCAGUAAAUCUCGUUGUGACACUGGCCUGGAAGGGCCCCUGGGCUUUCCUCUGGAGGUACAGGAAGAAGGGAAGUCCCAGCUGGGGUUUUGUGCUGCUCUCAAAAUCACUGAGUGCAAAUCAGCUCGGUCACGAGUUCCCUUCUGGCCAAAUCUCUUGGGAAAUCUUUUCUGGGGGGUGAAAUCUACUGGGAGAUCUCAUUUUGGAGGCACGUGGCUCCUCCACCCCUUUCCUGAGUGGUUUGUAAAGCCCUGGGGGUGGCUCUGAGCUCGUUUGGGCCCCUUUGGUGCUGGUUGUGUUGUGCUGUGCUUGGCAGAACCCAGGGGCGAAGUUGUGCCAACUGCUCAGAGCCCCCAGACUCAAUCCAGCUUGAAGAGGUGAGCUGCAGAGCUGGAAGAUCCCAAACUCUGCAGGGCUGUGGCCUUGGGGACGGAUGGUUGGGGUUUUUUGGUUGCUGCCUGCCUGGAACGUGAGCUGGGAGGGAGAAUUUGGGUGUGGAGAGCAGAAAAUGCAGCAGCUGAUAAAGGAUCUGCUCUGCUCGCUUCCCUCCUCACGCUGUCAGCUGGGGAAUGAAGGGUCUGUCAGCACCAUGAGAAGCUGUGAGGGGGAUUUCACUGAUUCCCACUCCAAACCCAGCCUUCUCAGGCAGCCUGUUCCCAAAAUGAGGAUUGGAGCUCUGAUCUUCCAAAAGUUCUGUCACAACCUCCCAGGACAUCAGUCCCUUCCACAGGUUUAGCACGGGAUUUUCCAGGUACAGCAUCCCACUCCUGUCUGGGAAGGGUGAUGGAAAAGGGGAUGAGGAACAUCCUCAUCCUUUGUCCAGCUGAUCCCAGUGGAAAAGGGGAUGAGGAACAUCCUCAUCCUUUGUCCAGCUGAUCCCAAUGGAAAAGGGGCAUGAGGAACAUCCUCAUCCUCUGUCCAGCUCAUCCCAAUCUUCUCUGGGAAGAGAUGGAUGAUGGAAAGGGGGAUGGAAAAGAGGUGAUGAGGAACAUCCUCAUCCUUUGUCCAGCUCAUCCCACUCUUGUCUGGGAAUGGAUGAUGGAAAAGGGGCAUGAGGAACAUCCUCAUCCUUUGUCCAGCUGAUCCCAAUGGAAAAGGGGCAUGAGGAACAUCCUCAUCCUCUGUCCAGCUCAGCAGGGUCCCUCUGGCAGUGUCACACCUGCUUUGUGGCACAGCAAAGGUCCUGCCUGGCUUAGCCAGGACUGAGAUUUCUCUUGUUGUUCCUUUUUUCCUUGGAAGAUCUGCCCGUGUUGGUGCUUCCAAGGGUCACAUUCCUGGCCGAGGGAAGGUAACAGAUCUGUUUUUGUGGAUAAAAUCACCACAUGCCUGCUCGGGUGCCAAGUGCAAUCCGAGCUCUCUGGGUUGCCUGGGCCACAAACAUGAUGAAUAAAACUGUUCCUCUUG